CUCCGCUGCCGGCCUCUUGCAGGGCCGUCGCGUACCCGAGGCGCCGCGGGCCGGGCUGGCCCACAGGCUGCCGUGCGUUGACGACGCGAACAUCAUCGGCCUCAGUCGCCGCGCUGCUGAGCGCGGGUUGGCCGCCGUCAAGAGGGACUUCGACGACCGCGGGCUCCACUACCACGAGGGGAACGCGCCCGCCGAGUCGCUCGAGCUCCUGGGGGUGGAGGUGGAUGGUCGUCGCCGUCUUUUUCGCCCCAAGCCUCGUCGGACUUGGCUCCACCUGGCCCUGCGGGCCGUGCUCCACCGGGGCGGCUGCAGUGGCCUCGUGUUGCAGGUGCUCGUGGGUCACAUCGUCCACCACUGCCAGCUCUUGCGCUUCGGGCUCUCCAUGCUUGACAAGGUGUGGAGCUUCGUGGCAGAACUCGGCAGCCAGGAGGCACCCCUGUGGGCGUCGGUGCGGUGGGGGCUGGAGGUCUCGUCGUGGCUGGUCUUCCUGGCGGAGGCCCGCCUCGGCACCGAGCCGGCCAGCGUGGCUUCCUGUGGCGACUCGUCCUCCGCCGGGCACGCCCUCCACGUCACCACUGUCUCGAGGUCCGAGUUUCGGGCCGUGGCGCGGUUCCGGGAGCGGUGGCGCUUCGACGCAGUCGAGCGGCCAUGGCGCGACCUCGAGACGAUCGAGCGCACGGCCGAGGAGGUGGGGAUCCCGCCACUGCCAGACAUGCUGCUGGCGAAGAGGCGCUGGGCCAUGGCCAUCAAGGGCUCCUGGGAGCACGACGGGGUCAUCCACGAGAAGGAGGACCGCGUGCUGCCCAUGGGCCUGGCGCGCGCCUCGAGGCUCUGCCAGCGGGCGGGCGCCCUGUCCAUCGGGCGCGAGCUGGAGGGGUCCCUGCGCUACGCGGUGAGCAGGACGAACCCCGCCGACUUCGACUCGAGGGCGGCCGACCGGGGCGAGAUGUCUCGCGGCGCCUCCGUCGCCGGCCGCCGUGGGCGAGCCGUGCUGCAGCGCUGCGUGCAGGCCCCAGUGCCCGCGCCGCCUCCCAAGGCGCCUCCAGCGCGGACCUGGACCAGGGACCGCCGGCCGCCGGCCUCGCGCUCCAGCCCGGGGCGCAUGGGGCCGAAGCGGGCGCCCGAGGCGGACUCGACCCUUGCGAGGGUCCGACGGCCGCCUGAGCGGCGGUCGAACCUCGGGCGCGCGGGGCCUCGGACGCAUUUUGCUGCCCCAGCCGCCCAGAGCGCGGCGCGGCUUUGCCAGCGCCCGAGGCGGCGAGGACCCCGUCCACGCAUCGCUUGCAAAAAGGAGAGAGUUGUCGGCCAUCCGAUCAAGGCCCCAGCUCGUCACCAGUUCGUGUUGGAGGUCUUCGCCGGCUUCGCCGCCUUCUCCGCCGCGUGCCUGGGGGUUGGCCUCAACGUGGGGUGCCCCAUCGUGAUCUCCAAGGGGCCCCACAUGGACGUGUCGAAGCCGAGGGUCCAGAGGCGCAUCAAGGGCUUGCUCAG